UUUCAUUACUUUAUAAGACUCCUAUUCUCUCUCUUUCUCGCUUUUUUUUUUGUUCUUCUUUCCUCCUUUAAUCUUAUAUUUAUAUAAAUAUAUAAAAUGCUUAAAAAGCAAUACUAUACUUCAAAUGAUUUACAUGAGCAAACACGACGUCUGAUGAAUGAAAUUGAAGAAUUAAGACUUGAAAGAGAAGAAUCAAAAAAGAAUGUUUUACAUUUUAUUAGAGAAGCAGACUUAAUUCGACAGGAAUUAGAAAGGGCACAAGCUCUUAUUCAACAACUGACUUUUUAUAAGAAUCGGUAUGAUGAUAAACAAUUUAUGUUAUUUUCAAAGCUAAGCCAAUUAGGUGACACUAAAAUCAAACAACUGUUUGACUUACUCGAGGACAAUAACAACGAAAAGAAGAAAAAUAAUGAUUUCCUUGCUCGAGAAGAAAUGACAUUAUCGUCUAAUAGUAAUAAUCGUGUUGCAUUAAAGAAAAAGAGAGAAAGCUUAAAGACGAUAACGAAAAACAUAUGCUGUUAUUGUAAAAAAGAAUUUAAAAAAGACACGUCAUUAUUAUCACCACCACCACCACCACCACCACCACAGCAGCAGCAGCAGCAGCAGCAGGGCAAUGUUACACAUCAUUUAACAAUAGAAGAGUUGUGUACUUUCAAUCACAGUGAAUCAUUAUCGGCAACAAAGCCUGACGAACAGCAUAAAUUAAUAAAAAAGGAAGAUUGGCAGCAUGAUAAUAAAAUAAAAAUGCAGCAGAAUAGGAAAUUAGAUUUAUUAGAACAAGCGAAAGAUAGAGAAAAUAAUUUAAAAACUAUUAAUAAAAUGCUUCGAGAAGAGAUUCGUAAAUUAAAUAAAACAAGAGUAGAUACAACCAUUAAUGUAGAAUAUCUUCGUAAUGUUAUAAUUAAAUUUUUAGAAAGACAAAAUACAAGAGCUCAACUGGUACCUAUCCUAUCUACCUUGUUGAAAUGUUCCACAGAAGAUCAAACAAGGUUAAGUCGACUUGUAAGAAACAAGUUGACGUCUUAUUGACUUUAUGGGAAAUAAUAUAUAUUUUUAUAUAAUAAAAUUGUUACUCUAUUAUGGGCUAUAGACUAUUUAUUAUACAAGGGUCUAUUAUGCAUCAUCCUAAUGAGAGGCUGUUAUUAUACACACGAUAUUCAUAUAAAAAGAGAAAAAAAAAUAAUAAUAAUUUAAUCAUCUAUUCUUUGAAUUAUAUUAUUAGUUUAAAAAAAA